AUGUCUUUAAUGUUGUCGCUUGUAUCAUUCCUGCUGUUCGUGAACCACGUCGUCGCCCAUGGUGGGCUGACGAACUACACCGUCGGAGAUACCUGGUACAGGGGUUAUAAUCCGGACGACCCGAGGGAGUCGCAGGAGGGACAGCCAUGGAUGACGCAGAGGCUAUGGGCCUCGAUCGACCCGAUCUUCUUCAUCAACGACACCGGCCUCGCGUGUAAUACCCCGGGCACCGCGCCGCCGUCGUACAUACCUAUCGCGGCGGGCGAGACCCUCACUGCCGUAUACUGGUAUUGGCUGCACCCCGUCGGGCCGAUGACGGUAUGGCUCGCGGAGUGCGGCGAGUCCUGCCAGGACGUCGACGUGAACAAGCUGGAUUUCUUUAAGAUAUGGGAGGCUGGCAUUCUUGAGGGAGGAUUAGUAGGCGGCCAAUGGUACCAGACGAAAUUCCAGCACUGGGACGGAAGCCCGGAUCUCUGGCCUGUGACGAUCCCAUCGACCCUCAAGCCAGGUCUAUACAUCGUGCGGCACGAGAUACUGAGUUUGCACGUUGCCAGUGCGCCGCAGUUCUACCCCGAAUGCGCGCACCUGAACAUUAGCGGCACGGGUAAUGCGUUCCCUUCGGAGCGGUAUAUGGCUCGGUUCCCGGGCGCCUAUGCUGAGGAUGAUCCGUCGAUAUUCAUCGAUAUAUAUUCCGAUGAGAACAAGGAUGCUACGAACUAUACCAUAGCUGGACCCCCAGUUUGGAAUGGAUUUGUAAAUAAAUAUUGCCUUGAGUGCUAA